UGCAAAUUUGACAAAGACUGGUAGCUCCUCGUCCAUGCAGACUUGCAGAGCGAUACAUUCAUUAUUUAUCCAGCAUAAGAUAAGUUAAAUGACAACUAUGAAGUUGGUAAAGCCACAUGUUCAACUUGAGCAAUCAUGCAAACAAACACAAAAACGUAUAGACAGAAAUUUUAAUUAUUCUUAUUAUUUCCAAUACCUCAGCUUAAACAACUCGACUCCCAAAGACAGCAAACAGAUCCCAGUACUGCUCUUCGAUCCUGAGAAAUUCCACAAGUUUUACUUCCAGCCAAAACAAUAGGUUCUUCUUUUCCGUUGUUGGCGGUUUAAUUCAUUAAUCUUAAUUUCUAAGGAUGGCAGUAAGUUUCAUUGUCCUUUUUGGGGUGCUAGGUAACAUUAUGUCGGGAUUAGUCUACAUCUCUCCUGCGAACGUGUUUGUGCGAAUUGUAAAGCGUAGAUCAACUGAGGAAUUUGAGAGUAUUCCUUAUGUUAGCAAAUUAUUGAAUGCUUAUUUCUGGUCUUACUAUGGACUUGUUGAACCUAACAGUGUGCUCGUGGCCAGCGUCAAUAUUUUCGGUGCUGGUGUUGAGAUCGUUUUUCUUACCAUAUUUCUACUUUUCGCAACACCAAGAAUGAAGGCUAGGACUGCCAUGCUUGUUGCUGCUCUUGAUGUGGCAUUUCCAGCAGCAGCAAUUUUGCUUACUCAGUUUCUGCUACAUGGCAACAAGCGAAUCGAUGUAGCAGGAUUGUUCUGUGUAGUCUUCAGCAUGAUUGCAUAUGCUUCCCCUCUUUCAGCAAUGAAAACUGUGGUGAUAUUGAAGAGUGUGGAGUACAUGCCUUUCCUUCUCUCAUUCAUCCUUUUCCUAAACGGAGGAGUUUGGACACUCUAUUCCAUUCUUGCAAAAGACUUGUUUGUUGGAAUUCCAAAUGGGAUUGGAUUUUUGCUUGGAACUGCUCAGCUGAUUCUCUAUGCGAUAUACUGGAAACCAACUAAGCCCAAUCAAGUAUCGGAUGACUUAGAAGAUCAACAGAUUAGUGAAGCACUCGUCCCAGCUUCAAAAUCUACAUAAGGCUAAAAGUGACAUUAUGUUCAGAGAAGAAGUCACUAUAUAUUUUCCGGGUAAGAAAGAAGAGGACUGAAUGUUAAAUAUUUCAUGAGAUAUAGGCCACUAUAUAUCAUUAUAUAUAUGCAUAUAUAGUUUAAUUAGGGCCAAAGUAAAUUAAGUUAAAUUGCUAUAUAUAUAUAUAUAUAUAUAUAUAUAUAUAUAGCACUUGUAAUAUCUGAUGCAGCUUUUGAUAUGAAGCAAAAUGUUGCAAACCAAUUUGGCGACU